GGUCACGAUUUGACAUACGUGGAAGUGGAAGUGGUCAAAUUGCUGAAAAUAAUAAAUAAUAUUAAAUAAACCUUCGGGCCUCAGCUGUGACUUUCUACCACAUUAAGUAAAUAAGAAGUUGGAAUCAGAAUUCUUAUACAUUGGAGUCUGAGAUUCAGAUUUUUGUGUUCCAACUUGGACUCGACUAGUUAGGCCUGCGCUGCCUGCUGUAGCCUUCACUACUACUAGAUCUAGAUCUACUAAUACUACUAUUGCACCAACAGAACUGAUUAUGACAGCUCUACACAACAGACAACCAUUUAAAGAACAGCAAAUUUUUUGUGUUUUAGCACAGGAGCUGUCGUGCUUGUUUCUCCACCACUCACCCACUAUCGAGGAAAACAGUGUCUACGUGUAUGAACCAACAAAAGGAAAACUGUGGUGGCUCGUUGUGGACUAAAUUUAGCCAUAAAAAUUAUGUAAUGAAAGUACCAGCUGAUAUUAAUCUUACAAAGUUUGAUCGUCCGUGAUUGGUCAAAGAACUUUCCAGUGUGUUGUUUUUUUCUGAGUUUGGGAAGAGUGACCAGCAUAGCAAGUACUGAUUAAACUCAACAACUGUUCAAAUAAUUCAACCCUAAUGCUGGUUUGUGUGGACUUAAGUAACAUUAGAAAAAAAAACACAAUUAUAAUCAUUUUAUUCAAACAUAAUUGUGUGGGAAUAUAAUUCAUUGUGUAUUACGUACUUCCUACAAUCGGACUUCAAAUACACAUUUUCUAGCUCAAAAACAUUUAGUUGUUCAUGUAAUUUCAAGUUUUCAAAAAAAAAAAAUGUUGAAUAGUUUUGUUUAAUGAAAAAACUCAUAAAAGAAAAAAUAUAAAUUUCACAAGUUAAUAACAUCUAGUUUUGAUAAGAUCAAAUUUACUCCAAAAACAAAUUCUAUAGACCCUCUUCAAUACUGGGAUUUUAAAUAGCAAGAACUUUCCCUUCACAAUGUCUGAACCUCAACAGACCCAGGCUAAGGAGCCAGAGGUUAAGAGAGCUAAGCUGGCUAAAGCAGGAGACAUAGAGUCUGAACCUCAACAAACCCAGGAUAAUGAGUCAGAGGCUACAGCCAGUCUGUCUAUAACAGGAGACGUAGAGUCUGAACCUCAACAGACCCAGGAUAAUGAGUCAGAGGCUACAGCCAGUCUGUCUAUAGCAGGAGACGUAGAGUCUGAACCUCAACAAACCCAGGAUAAUGAGUCAGAGGCUACAGCCAGUCUGUCUAUAGCAGGAGACGUAGAGUCUGAACCUCAACAAACCCAGGAUAAUGAGUCAGAGGCUACAGCCAGUCUGUCUAUAGCAGGAGACGUAGAGUCUGAACCUCAACAAACCCAGGAUAAUGAGUCAGAGGCUACAGCCAGUCUGUCUAUAGCAGGAGACGUAGAGUCUGAACCUCAACAGACCCAGGAUAAUGAGUCAGAGGCUACAGCCAGUCUGUCUAUAGCAGGAGAUGUAGAGUCUGGACCUCAACAAACCCAGGAUAAUGAGUCAGAGGCUACAGCCAGUCUGUCUAUAGCAGGAGACGUAGAGUCUGAACCUCAACAGACCCAGGAUAAUGAGUCAGAGGCUACAGCCAGUCUGUCUAUAGCAGGAGACGUAGAGUCUGAACCUCAACAGACCCAGGAUAAUGAGUCAGAGGCUACAGCCAGUUUGUCUAUAGCAGGAGACGUAGAGUCUGAACCUCAACAGACCCAGGAUAAUGAGUCAGAUGCUACGACAUCCAGUCUGUCUAUAGCAGGAGACGUAGAGUCUGAACCUCAACAGACCCAGGAUAAUGAGUCAGAGGCUACAGCCAACCUGUCUAAAGCAGGAGCCAUAAAAUACAAAUCUAGCCCAAACGAUCAUUCAAAACUGGGAAUGAUAAAAAUGCGUCGCUCUGUGUCGAUUGACCACAACCACCAUGAUGCAAUGGAACGUGAGAAAACAUUCCCAGAGAAUUUUGCUGAUAAAUCUCAACAUGCCCAGUCGGGUUAUAUUUACCAAACAGAUGGCAACAUCCAGUGCUACAGCUGUGGGUCUAUGAUAGAAGAAUCGCAUGAUGAAGCUUGUGUGUUCACACAAAUAACUACAAAAAGUGAUAAAGAGAACUUCCAGAUCAAUAAUAACAAAAUAGACACCAACGGUGGACUAAUUUGUCCUUGUAAGUCUGCUAUUAAAGCUAUCCUCUACUCCAACUGUGGCCAUUUACUUUUCUGCUCUAAGUGUUUUCUACAACAAAUCCAGAAGAAUACUGCAGAAGACAUUGUAAGAUUUGGACAUGAACAGGUUGAAAAUAAUUCAGAAUUUAGCGUGAAGUGUCCGAGCUGCAGUCAAGACUCCAGCCAUGUUGUGGUGGUGAAAGUAAAAGAAUAAAAUCAAUGGACCAGAGACUUUUGGUUAACAGACUAAGAUCAUCUCCAGGGCCCUUUAGUGUACAAACUUAGAUCCACUCAGGUGCCCUUAAAUUAUGAACUCUGAUUGUGGGGGCCUUGGUUUACAAACUUUAGUCAUUUCUUGGACAGUGAAUAUUUAUUAAGGAUGUACCAUUGCAAGGCAAGCUUCCAGUGGUUCUAGGCUCACAAAAAAGUCAGUAGGGGAUGAAUCAGUCAUGUAUAUUAGUGCAUAAAUAUUUUAACAACAUAUGGAGUUGAUGAUGAAUGCUGUAGAUAUCAAAAUUAUCCCACAAAAAAUAAGAUAAAGCAAAUAUAUUUAGAUGAAAAAAUUAAAAUAUUUCAAGAAAGUUGACUGACCAUCAGUCCCCCUUUAAUCUGUUUAUGUUUUAAUAGCUUUUUGUAAAUGUUUAUCUUUGUUAUACUUUUGCUUCUAAGUUGCUUUAUCUUAGUGUAAGGUUUGCCAAACCCCACUUUCAUUACAUUGGGACCACUGUGUUUAAAAACAAUGUUACCCAGCGAAACUGGAAUUUUUCUAAAAAUGUUGAAGGCAAAUGAACUGAUCUAAAUUUAUCUGUGGAAUAUCCUGAAAUUUAAAUAUUGCACCUGAAGUCUCAGAAAAACAGCAUAUUUUUAUAGCGUGAUACUUACAUAGUUUUACUUCGGCACAAUCACACUGUGCCUAUCUCCGGUGACUUCCUUUUUUUAAAAAUUAGAAUGUGUUGGUGUUGGGAAACUUUCGCUCAAGUCAAUGAUUGGGUGGAUAGUGAACCAGUUCAUGACUGAAUAGUUGUUGUGGAAAUUCACUCAUUGUAAAUUGAAAAGUUAACAAACUUGUAAUUUGUUGUCAUAUGUCCAUCCAUAGGUACAACAUACAUUAAAUAAAUAGCUACUUAAUUUACUUAGGCUCAGUAUUGUUAAGAAAGAAAAAUUUCAAUUUAUUUAUAAAAUUUGUUAAAAGUUUACAUCCAUUCCUUUUUGUGAUAUGUAAGUGUAAUGAAAUUGGAAAAAAACAAAUUCAGGCAAGAGAAAAUGUUUAGCCUGUAGUUAAAAUAGAUUCCAUUAACAUGAUGCAUAUUAUUUAAUGUUUUAAUAUAAUUCAACUGCUGUUCAAAGUAUUUUUAUUUUUUUUGUCAUUUGUGAAAGCCCUUCUUUAAGUUUUGAAGUAAAAUUAAAAUGAGUUUAAGACCAGUUCAGUAAACCUAAUAAAAAUGUACAUCAAAUUUUUUAUUAUUAAGGAACAAAAGAAAACCAUUUUCUAACUCUCUACAAUAGUUAUAAUUAUUUCGCACUAUUACAAUUUUGUGAUAAAGCUAAAAACACAUAACAAUGGUAUAAGUACAGUAUAAGAUUUGUAUUCAUUAUUUUUGUUUUAUGCACAAAUUCUGCAUUAAAAACUUUUCAAAUACAAAUUAUUAACAUGGUUGAGAAAGAAAUUAACCUUUUACUUUUUAAAAGAAAAUUUCAUAAAUAUUUCCUUUGGUGGAGUUACACUUCUCUAAAAGUUCCAUAGCUCAAUUUGUCUGUCCUAUUAUUCAAAUUUCACAAUUGAAAUAAUAUGAUUUUUUACUUAUUAGACUAUAAUAACUUAAAAUAACAUUGAGGUUCUACUUUCUUCAUUUCAUGGUGAAGGGCAAUAUUCAUGUGAACUUGUUACUCAUACAUAUGAAACACAUUUCUAAUUGUAAAAACCUCAUUAUAAUUAAUUAAUUAGUAAAAUUUGAGCCGUUUUUAUGCUGUAUUAUUAAUAUGUUUUCAUGAAAGCAAGAAAUUGUUCUGCUGUUUAUCAUUAUCAAAAUUCCAAUUAGGCUCCACUCUACUCAUUUUGUUCUUUGCUUUAGUAUGUUAAUAUUUGAGGCCCCACCAAUAAUGAAGGCUAGAAAAAAAAAAUUAUUUACACAUUUUUUAGAUCUAUACUUCCACUAACAGUCCCUAAAACCAAACCACACUACUUUGUUUCACUUCUGGCUUAGCUUAUUUCUUAUUCACAGUUACUUCCAUUUUUACCUCCCUUUAUUCUUAGUUUACCUCCCUUGGUUAACAGUUCACUAAAAAAAUGUUUACUCUUUAUGGCUGUUUAUGUAUUGAGUUUACCUCAUUUGAUAUGCAAAUCACUCUUGUUGCAAUUCACACUCAUCUGUCACAUAAAUAUUUUUUAAUUUUCUAUUAGCCUACUUUAUGCAAAAUUAUUUUUUUUAAUGUAGUAUGUAGCCUAAGAAUUUUGUCUAUGCAUUGUGUUGAAAUGAUAACAAACUUGACUGGGCGUUUAAACAAAAUAUGAUCCUGAUACAAAAACCAUUAUAUUCCUUUUUCACAAGCAAUUUAAAAAAACUCCAGCUAUUAUUAUAGUGAGGUGGUUUAUUCCAAUUAUAAAAGCAACACCCUUUCAUAAAAAGAAAAAAAAAUUGCCUGUUUAGAAAAGAAAAUUUGUUUUCUUCUAAUUUAUUGUUUCCAAAACAAUUUUAGAAGUUAAUUAUUUAGCUAAAAAAAAUUUAGUCGUUUUUUCUGCCCUUAUGGUGCUGUCCCCAAGGCCAGUAAUAUUUUGAAAAUACAUGUAACAGUUAUCCAUCCCUUUCACUUACAAAGGUGUUCACUUUAGCAUGGUUUUGUAGACAUGUAUACAUUUUUGUUGCUUCCUUAUUAUUUACACUUUUAUAACAAGACCGAUUGCUAAACUGUGUGAUCUCUACCUCUUUUGUGCUAUUUAUAUUGCAAUACAGAGGGAUUACCUAAAAAAAAAACUUUAUUAAUAUAGUCAGGUUUUUUUUUUUUAAUUGAAUCUAUAAAUAUUGCUUUUUAUAUAUGUUAAAUAAGUUAAAUCUGCAAGCAAAAUGAAAGUUAGUUUUUAGAAUUUAACCAUUGUUUUAAAUUAAAGGAGGCCUAUUUACAUGUUUGUUUUUUGCUACUAGCUCAGAAGAUUCCAUUUAAGAUCACAGGUUUGACUCAAGACUGUAGCAUGACUCUGAGUCCACCCAACUCUGAUGGGUACCUGAAUUAAGUUGGGGAAAGUAUAGGCAGCUGGGUAAAAUACUGACCAUACCAUCCCUUCGUAUGUCAAAGUCAAGAAACAUGAACUCUACUUCAUCUGCCCUAUAACCUUUAGGUCAGAAAGUGGAACUUUACUUAUUUACAUGUUUAGAAUAAAUCUUUGACAGAUUUAAGUAUCUACCAUCUUAUCAAGCUAAUUUUUUAACCUUUGUCGUAGUCUGAUCACAAAUAUUAAAAUAAGUUUAUUAUUUUUUUAAAGCUGUAUACAUGUUGAUGCUGGUACCAAAAUAAAUAUGAA